AUGGCAAGAAUAAAAAAGAAGGGAAAGACUGGUUCUGCAAAGAACUUUAUUACCAGAUCACAGGCCAUCAGAAAGUUGCAGGUCUCUUUGGCUGAUUUCCGUCGUCUCUGUAUUUUCAAAGGAAUUUACCCAAGAGAACCCAGAAACAAAAAGAAGGCCAACAAGGGAUCUACUGCCCCAACUACUUUCUACUAUUCAAAAGACAUUCAAUACUUGUUACAUGAACCAGUGUUGGCUAAGUUCAGAGAGCAGAAGACGUUUCAAAAGAAGUUGCAAAGGUUGUUGUCGAAACAAGAAUUAAACGAUGCAGACAAGUUGGAGAGAACGAGACCUAAGUACACGUUAGACCAUGUUGUCAAGGAGAGAUAUCCAACCUUUUUGGAUGCUUUACGUGAUCUCGACGACCCAUUGAAUAUGCUUUUCUUGUUUGCCAAUAUGCCUGCUACUACUAGUGUCAGUCACAGAGUUACUAAAGAAGCUUCCAAAUUGACUAAUCAAUGGCUUGCUUACGUCGCCAAAGAAAGAUUGAUCAAGAAGGUCUUUGUCUCGAUCAAAGGUGUGUAUUACGAGGCAUCCGUGAAAGGCCAGGAGGUGAGAUGGUUGGUUCCAUUCAAGUUCCCAGCUAACAUUCCAUCGGACGUUGAUUUCCGUAUUAUGUUGACCUUCUUGGAAUUUUACUCCACCUUGUUGCAUUUUGUUUUGUUCAAGUUGUAUUCCGACUCUAAUUUGGUGUAUCCUCCUCCAAUUGAUGCUGAAAAAUUGAAAGGUAUUGGUGGAUUGUCCUCGUAUGUUUUGAAGUCUAAGGACCAAGGCAUUGGCUCGUUGCUCCCAGCAGAGAAGAAGGAAGAAAGUGUUGAAGAUGCAGAGGACUCGGCUGAACCAGAAACUUUGUCGGCCCAGGAAAUUCAAAACGCCAUUGCUGCCGAUGCUAAAGAAGAUGACCAAAGUGAGCCGGUGGAAAAUGUGGAAUCUGUUGAAUUGGACAAGUUCGCUUCCGCUAAUAAGACUACGGGUGACUUGUUAGCACAACCAUCCGAGUUUGCCUCUCCUUCGUCCACGUUAUUUUCCAAGUUCACUUUCUUCGUUGGCCGUGAGGUGCCUUUGGACAUCAUGGAACUUUGCAUCUUGUCAGCUGGUGGUGUUGUUGUUUCUGAAAUUGCUUUGGAUGAAAUGAAGAUCAACCACCCUGAAGCGUACGCUAAAUUAGAUUUGUCAUCAAUCACCCAUCAAGUUGUCGACAGACCAAAGGUCGUGAACAAGAUUGCCGGCCGUACUUAUGUUCAGCCACAAUGGAUUUUUGACUCCAUCAACAAGUGCGAAUUGCUUCCUGUUGGUGCAUAUGCUCCAGGAGAAACCUUGCCUCCUCACUUGUCUCCAUGGGGCGACAGAGCAGAAUAUAACCCAGAGGCUGAGCCUGUUGAAGAAGGCGAGUCCGGAAGCGAGGAGGAGGUUGAAAUAGAAGGAGAAGAGCUUCCGGACGAAGACGAGGAAGAGGAUGAAGCCUUGAGAGAACAGAAAGAGUUGGAGAUGGAGGCUGCAGGUAUCCAAUACUCCGAAGCUAAGGACGAACAACCAAAGAAGAAGGCUAAGAAGACCAAAAAAGUCGGAAGAAGAGGAAGAGAAGGAGUUGAAGACGAUCAUGAUGUCUCACAAGAAGAAGAAGUUAUACAACAAGAUGCAAUACGGUAUAGAUAA